UAGAAAAAUACAAAUAAAUUCUCUAAACUUGGUAUAAUCAAUAAAAUUUUACGCGCUUAUAACAGACCGUUUGUCGUUACAUUGAUUUUUCUAAUGAUUGAAGCUUUGCACAACCACCAUUUUUUUCUACUAUUAUUUAUUCACCUGUUGCAGUUGAAGAUGCUGUCUUAUUAAGGAGUCCAAUAGAAGAAUCAUAUUGGUCAUAGAAGCAAAGGUAAUUGCAUGAGUACUAAAGCAGAUCUGAAGCUGUUGGGCACCAGAGUGAGCCCGUUUGUGUGGACAGUGAUUUGGGCACUAAAAUUGAAAGGCUUAGAUUAUGAAUUCAUAGAAGAAGAUCUGUCAAACAAAAGCCCAUUGCUUCUAGAAAUGAAUCCUAUUGACAAGACUGUUCCAGUACUAGUUCAUGGUGGAAAGCCAAUAUGUGAAUCCCUUAUCAUUCUUCAAUACAUAGACGAUACAUGGCCUCAAAAUCCCAUCCUGCCUAGAGAUCCUUUUCAAAGAGCCUCUGCACGAUUUUGGGCUAACUUCUCUGAGGAAAAGCUAUGUGGACCAUCAAGAGAUGCAUUUUAUUACACUGGAGAAAAACAAGCCAAGGGGGUUGAAACAAUGAAAGAGGCAUUGGGAAUUCUUGAAAGUGAACUAACCGGAAAAAAAUUCUUUGGAGGAGAUGAGAUUGGAUAUGUGGAUAUAGUAGUAGGAUGGUCAACAUACUGGCUCCAGUUUGUGGAAGUAGCUGCAAAGUACAAGGCAAUGGACUCAACAAAUUAUCCUCAAAUGGAUAGGUGGAUGAAAAACUUUUGGGAAGUGCCAUUAAUUAAAGAUAAUAUUACACCUUAUGAUGGAAUGCUCAGUAUCUACCAGGCUUAUAGAAAAAUGUCUCUACUUGCUUUUGCCAAUGAUAGAUAAUAGAGUUUGUUUCUGGGAUAUUAUUUCCAUUUGUCUCACUUUUUGAUCUUUGGUUUUGUCUCUCUGUACCAAGUCCUUUAGAGUAAUUGUUUGUCUUAAUUAAGUUGCAAAAAUAAACAAGAAAAUGUUCCUUACAGUAAUUGUUUGUCUUAAAAAAUGAGAAUGUAUUUGAUUUUCCUUC